AUGUUAACAACGGUAGGAACAAAAAUGCCCGCUGUAGCGAUUUUGGCGCCCUAACUUCAGACAGUGUUAGUAUGUAUAUGUAUAGAGGGAAUUGCUUUAAGUUUGGACACUCGUUUAACCUGUUUGUAGUGUGACAGAAGAUUUAAAAGCGCGAUAAGUGUUUUAUAAAGCUUUAUUUCGCUUAGUACGUAAGAAAACAUCGUGUGGAAAAACAACCAUACCGAGAGUGAUAUGAAGAAAGUAAAGCUGUGACAGUGGGAAUUAAACAUAAAAAUAACCCCGGUGACGACAAGAAUAUUUAACCUUAUGCCCUCAGCUACCGGAGGAAAUAACCCCAUAGGGCAACAGAAGGGUGGGGCGACUAUGCCCAGUAAUGAAGAAUGUGGGAUCCGAGAUGUUUGGGGACAUAAUCUCGAAGAAGAAUUUCGAACAAUUCGGCAAGUCGUGCAGCAGUAUCAAUAUAUUGCAAUGGACACUGAAUUUCCAGGAGUAGUUGCUAGACCCAUUGGCGAAUUCAGGACUAGCGCCGAUUAUCAAUAUCAGUUAUUACGAUGUAAUGUAGAUCUCUUGCGGAUAAUCCAACUUGGUCUUACAUUUCUCGACGAAUCGGGAAAUACACCUGGUGGUAGUUAUACGACAUGGCAAUUUAAUUUCAAAUUCAAUUUACAAGAGGAUAUGUAUGCGCAAGAUAGUAUAGAUAUGCUGCAAAACAGUGGUAUACAGUUCAAAAAACACGAAGAAGAGGGUAUUGAUCCGUUAGAUUUUGCCGAAUUAUUAAUGACAUCGGGAAUUGUUCUUGUUGACGACAUAAAAUGGCUAUCCUUUCAUUCUGGUUACGAUUUUGGCUAUCUAUUGAAACUUCUUACAGAUCAAAAUUUACCCCAAGAAGAAAGUGAAUUCUUUGAACUUCUUAGGAUAUAUUUUCCAACAAUAUAUGAUGUAAAAUAUUUAAUGAAAUCUUGCAAAAAUUUGAAAGGAGGCCUACAAGAGGUAGCAGAGCAAUUGGAAAUUCAAAGAGUUGGUCCUCAACAUCAGGCUGGUUCUGAUUCGUUACUUACGGGAAUGGUUUUCUUUAAAAUGCGAGAGAUGUUUUUUGAAGAUAAUAUUGAUGAUGCAAAAUAUUGUGGCCAUUUAUAUGGUUUGGGAACAUCAUUUGUCGUAAACGGUUCAGGAGGAUACCUAGACAGUAAUGGAGAUAAUUCUUCGUCUUCGUAAUGUUAAAAACUACCACAUCUCAGUCGCAACAGAUUAUUUCAUUACAAAUAAAAUGUUAUAAAUAAUGUUUCACUUAAUGGUCAAGCGUAUAGUUCAUAUCCACAAUAUUACAUUCAAAUCACUGCUGUAGAUCAAAAAAUAUUACUACUUGAAAAUGAAACUAUAGGAACAUUUUUUCAUAUUUGUGCAUUUUUUGUAUCCUUCAAUUUGAGUCUUUCGUAGGUUUCUUCUGUGAUACGUGCUAUUAAUCGAGAACAUUUACAAUACUGUGCAACAUAAAAUGUGUAAUAUAGUUUCUUUACAAGCGUUUGUGACAAUAUUGGUAUACAAGAUACAAUUGCAGUACAAAAGAAAAAAAAGGAAACAAAUCUACUUUUAAGUGUUUUGCAAAAUCUCUAUUGGGAUCUAGAAGGUUGGCUAAGAAUAAUGCAAAGAAAAAAAAACAAAAAGAUUAAGAAAAACAAGUGCAAGAUUGCAUUGUUUAAGUACGUUUAUCAGUGUUCAUAUGUACAUUUAUCAUGCAAUGCAUUUAUAGAUCACUACUUUUUAUGCCUGAUAAUUCCUUAUAAUUAGUGUUUUAAUAAAUAUUCAUCAAAAUUA